CAACCAGCAAGCAAAGCAAUCAACCAGCACCACCCAGGUGGGGUUAUUUAGAUUUGAUGCUUUGCUAUGCUUCGCUCAGAUUGUCACUUCAGAACCACUUUUGGUCCCUGUUGGUGGGUGUGCAACCUGGUCAAACCCCAAACAACGAAUCCGCAACCUGGUCGCCUUUCUUCAUAGCAAGUCCCACCACGCCCGCGCCGUUAGCCUUUUGGACGAAGCCUUUAGAUCCAUCGGCCGAUAAGAAAGAUCCAUCGGGCGAUCGCCAUGGGAGAGAACGGCAUGAAGGAGUCGCCCAUCUUGAAGAAGUACGUGGAGAAUGGUGAUGUGGUGGGCAUCUGUGUCUCGGGCGGCUUAGACUCCAAGACCGUGGCCUUAAGGCUCCGCUUGGCCGGUGUAAAGGUGAAGUGCUUCACUGCAGACAUCGGUCAGCCUGAUGAGGAGGACGUGAACGACGUGAUCAAGAAAAUGGCCCCCUGCGGCGUGGAGACCGUCGUCGUGGAUCUGAAGAAGGAGAUCGCCGAGGGCGCCUUCGAGGCGGUGGCUGCGCAGGCGAUGUACGACGGCGGCUACUGGCAGUCCACGGGUAUUGGCAGAUACGUCACCGCCCGGGGCUUGCUCCAGGCCAUGAAGAAGGCGGGCUGCACAGUGCUCUCCCACGGUGCCACGGGGCGCGGCAACGACCAGGUUCGCUUCGAGCGCUAUGUGAACGUUAUGGAUCCCAGCUUCAAAGUCUAUGCACCCUGGCGCGACCCGGUGCUCUUGGAGGAGUUCCCGGGGAGGAGCCAAAUGCUGAGCUUCUUGCAGAAGCACGGCAUUGACCACAAGAUCGUGUCACAGGCCUCUAAGCGCUACUCCACUGAUGCCAACAUUUGUGGACUCUCCAACGAAGCGGAGGACUUGGAGUCGAUGCAAACUCCAAUCACCAUCGUGAAUCCGGUAAUGGGCGUGUGGCCCAAGGACGCUCCUGACAAGCAGGAGGAGAUCACUCUGAAGUCCUUGGGCUGA